UCGAGCCAGGAAGCUCGGUGCGAAGCCCACCGACGUCGCCCGCCCGCCCACGCGCUCUAUAAGUAGACGGCUCUUCGGCGCGUGUCACGUAAGAGAGUCGGCCAACCCACAUGCACGUGUACCGAUGUACAUGGCGGCGGCGGCUGCGGGAGCAAGCACACCCUUCAAUUUUUGCCGCCACGGCUCGCACGCCGAGUACGACGCCGUCUUCAGCGGCAGCUGGAUGGCGCGCCGCCCCUCCGCGGCGCCGCACGGUGGCGGCGCCUCCGGCUCCGGCUCCGGCAGCGGCUACGGCGCCGCCUCGUACGUUGCUCCCACCUUCGGCGCGGCGUUUAGGCAGCAGCAUCUCGACCUCCUCGACUACCUGUCCGACGAUCAGGGCGUUCCGGCGCCACCACCAGCGGCUGUGCCCAGCGCGUCGUACGUGACGCCGGCGCCGGCGAUGGCCCCCGCUGAACCGGUCGUGCCGGAUGCUGUUGCCGCCGCCGGCGGCUAUCCGAGGAGCGUGGCUGCGGCGGCGGCGGCCGUGGCCGGCGAGGGAAGAGAUCGGACGACGACGGACAAGAUCGCAUUCCGGACGAGGUCGGACGAUGAGAUACUCGACGACGGGUAUAAGUGGAGGAAGUACGGGAAAAAGUCCGUUAAGAACAGCCCUAAUCCGAGGAACUACUACCGGUGCUCGACGGAGGGGUGCAACGUGAAGAAGAGGGUGGAGAGAGACAAGAACGACCCGCGGUACGUGGUGACGAUGUACGAGGGGAUCCACAACCACGUGUGCCCCGGCACUGUCUACUACGCCGCGCAGGACGCCGCCUCCGGCCGCUUUUUCGUCGCCGGGAUCAGUCACCCAGACCUUAAUUAAGCUAGGAUAUGCUUUGCCGGCCCAGCUGUGGCUUAGCUUGAUGUGCAGCUCUAGUUAUUGUAUGGGCUGUACGGUUCAGUUAUUUGAAGCGGGUUAUACUUAUAUGUUGUUAAUGUUUGCCUACUGAUUUUAAUUAAUUUCUUAGAGUUAGACUCAAUUUGGCGGAGGGAUUCCCUUCAAAAAAAGAAAUCCCUUCAAAAAAUUUGGCGGAGGGACGACUGAUAUAUAUGGUGACAUUAGCUAGGUUUGCUCACUUUUGGCAAAAAUAACAAGUUUCCUUUCGUGUCACUCUCCGUCCCUAGGUCAGUGUUUGGCAAAACGCCCAAAAAAAUGUCCGUGUUGCCAAUUAAUUUGUCGAUUGUGUACUUCAAUUUCAAGCCAAAUUUCGGCAAAGCUA